AUGCAGGAUUUCUCAACCGUGUCGUUCACGCGCAUCAGGCAAACUCAAGCGAUCCAGCAAGCAGCUUCCAAGCUCAUCGUUUCAGGAUGCCAAAACGAGACCGUUGCUGGAAUCGUACGUGGUGAGUAUGUGGCAGCGUCCGAAAAUCACGGACGUCCGGUCUUCCGCCGCACCGAACAGUCCAACAACAUGGACGUUCUGAUCUACUUCUGGGACGACAGAGACGGCGCUAGCUUCUCUGGAUGGUGGUUCGGUCCUGCAGUUGGAGGGGACCAAGUUUGGGCUUACAGCCCUGACAAAUCCAUGGUGCCACCAUCUUCGCAAUGGAGGGUUCCGUACGAUGGUCCUGUUGAUGCAAGCUUCAGUGUACAAGUUGUUGGUUCGCAGGAGCAGCAAGCCUACCAGCAGAUGGCCCAGCAAAAUCAGCAGUACCAGCAAGCGCAGCAAGGCUAUACGCAGGGCUGCGGGUCCUGCGGCCCCUGUGGGCAGGCUGGCUUCCAACAGAACAUGGGUCAUCAGGAAUGGCAAGAAGCACAGCGCCGACAACAGGAGGAGCAGAAUGCCAUCCAGAUGGUGCGACAGGCCAUUCAUAGAGUUCGCACAACACCUCCAGAAGCAUUGGAUCAAGCCUGUGCAGAAAUGCAAGACGUCUUCAACAAAAUCGGCAGUGAGUGUGGAAAUAUGUGGCAACGGUUGCAGCAGGAAGUCUACCAGGCCACGCAGAUGGCCGCCGAGCGCAAGGAGACAUAUCGGCAGCAACGGGAAGAAGAGGAGAAGCGCAUGAAAGAGCGCGAAGCCGUCACUGCCCAACUUCUGCAGGAGUUGUCCCAGCUGGUCGUCGCAGCUGAGGGCAGCGUCUCCGAGCUCAAGGAGAAGGUGCAGCCGAUCAUGGACACCAGCCUGGACCUGUCGGAGCUCGACAAGUCCAGUGCCGGUUUUGACGAGGUCAAGGGAAAAGCCAAAGCGAGCUGCCGAGCUUGCUCUGAUUUCCUCCUCAGCAAGAGGUUUGCUAUGGAAGAGGCCAGAUCUGUGGUAGCGGAGACUCGGGAACAGCUUGUGCAGUUGCAACGAAAGAUCCACGGUGCCUUCGUGAACAUGGCCACAUGCGUGAACGGCCUCGAGGCCAAGAUCGACGGCGCGCAUCGAAAGGAAAAGGCAUUGAAACACAUGGAGAAGAGGGAGGAGUUGUUUCGGAAGUAUGAUGUGGACAAUGAUGGCAUGCUGAAUGCACAGGAGAUCGCUGCCUAUGCGCAAGGGGAAUAUUCCUUUCAAGUUCCGCAAAGCGUCAUCGACAGGCUCGUCGGCAGUGGAGAUGACAGAAGAGGUGUUGACAAGCAGAACCUUGCCCGAGUCCGACAAGCAGUCGGAGUGGCAAGGGAAGAGGCAGCUGUCAAGAGGAGGCGAGUGGAGGCCGAGAAGCGUCGAAGAGAACUGGAAGCGGAAAAGGAGGCACUUGAGGCCAAGCUCGAGGCGGCCUCCAAGUACGUGGAGGAGUCCGUAGGUGUUGUCGAGGAGGUGGAGCUCGCAGCCAAGGAGCUGACAGAUGAAAGUGGAGUGUCAAAGCCCGGCCCAGAGAAGGCAGAGACGCUGCUUGAGACGGCGAAGGGCAAGCUCGCUGCAAUCAAAGAGCACCUGGGCAGUCUUGAGUCUGGCUGUUCCGAGGAGCUGAAAAGCACCCUCCAGGUGGGUCUGGGACCCUGCCAAGUGAAGGUGAAAGACUUCCAGGAACGACUGUCUAGGCUGAGCCACACCGUGGCGCAGUACAAGCUGAGCGUUGAGGCCACGAAGGAAGAGACCACAAGCAAAACACAGGAAGGCGGCGAAGGCGGUGCCAGCGAAGGCACCGACACCCAGAAUGGAGGUGCCACAGCCGCUCCCACCACAACGCCUCCCGCAGCUCCCGCAGCAGAUCCCCCCGCAGCGGCACCCCCCGCACCGCCUGAGAUGGCAUCCGUCCAGCAGCCUGCUGCAGCGGCGCAUGAAGUGCAGAAGGAGGAUUCCCCGAUGCAAAUAGACGAGCCUGCACAAGCAGGCAAGCCUCAAGAAACUGGCGCUGCCCCCGAAGGUGACAAGAGCGGGGCCUGA